CUCUCUUGGACAAGUCGUGGCUUGAGAGACUAUUCUCCUCCUCCUCUGCUUCGUUUGGAACAACGUUCGUCUCUGCGAUCUUGAAACGUUGAAGGUGAAAGAUGGGAUUAAUAGGAGAAAAAAUAGACUCAAUCAAAUCUAUUCAGAUUCGGCAGCUUCUCACUCAGGCCAUCAGCCUUGGGAUGAUAGUCACGUCUGCUUUGAUCAUAUGGAAAGCUUUGAUGUGUGUCACUGGGAGUGAAUCCCCUGUGGUGGUUGUUCUCUCAGAAAGCAUGGAACCUGGUUUUAAGAGGGGGGAUAUUUUGUUCUUGUACAUGAGUAAGGACCCCAUUCGAGCUGGCGAAAUUGUUGUUUUCAAUAUUGUUGGUCGUGAUAUUCCAAUUGUCCAUCGUGUCAUUAAGGUUCACGAAAGGGAAAAUACUGGAGAAGUCGAUGUUUUGACAAAAGGUUGUGGUUUUAUUGAUCUGAAGUCAGUGUAUGUUGUUUAUCAUAUUGUUAUUAUUCAAUGCCCAUUUACAUUUUCAUUUCUAUUGUUUUCAGGUGACAAAAACCUCGACGAUGAUAGACUUCUCUAUGCUAAAGGUCAGCUUUGGCUUCAUCGACAUCAUAUAAUGGGUCGUGCUGUUGGCUUCUUGCCUUAUGUUGGAUGGGUGACGAUAAUCAUGACAGAAAAGCCUAUCAUCAAGUAUAUUCUCAUAGGUGCAUUGGGUUUACUUGUUAUAAAGUCCAAGGAUUGAGUCUUUUUGGAAAGGAAUGGACCCCUUUGGUUUAUCAUCCUUCUGGUCUUUGUUAUUUCAAUGGGUAAUAGCAUAUCAAAGACUGGUCAUUUGUUGUUUAGACCACUUUAAUAUAUUACAAUCAGAAAGCUAGCUUUUAAUCCUGGAGAUUAGAUUAUCAAAAUAAAAGAGAUUUGUUUC